AACCUCUCCCAGCGUCAGCCCCACUGCCCGGCCCUUCCAAUGUUGCUCCCUCAGGUCCCAUGUUCGGGGGGGUGGGGACCACGACUGUGUCACUGUGCUGUCAGCAGCUCUUGGAGGUAGUUGUACCACUUUAAUGAACCAAUUGUGUUUGGGACUCUUCCAGCUAAGCAUGGGAGGACGGAAGAUGGCAAGAGAUGAGGAAAAUGCCUGGGGUUCCGAAGAUAGCACGUGGGGCCUGCAGGAGCGCAAGCUGAGGCUCAUCCUGGCAGGAAGGACAGGGGCAGGGAAGAGUGCCACUGGGAACAGCAUCCUGGGCCAAAAUUGCUUCUUCUCCAGGCUCGGGGCCACCUCGGUGACCACAACGUGUGAGGUGGGGAGCUGUAAGCGGCGUCAGUGGCAGGUGGAAGUCAUGGACACCCCGGACCUUUUCAGCUCCCAAGUCCCCAAGACAGAUCCAGGAUUCCAGGAGCGGACGCGCUGCUACCUGCUGUCGGCACCAGGGCCCCACGCAGUGAUCCUGGUGACUCAGUUGGGUCGCUUCACGGCGCAAGACCAGCAGGCCCUGAGCGCGCUCAAGGACCUGUUCGGGGACAGCGUUACGGCACGCACCAUCGUGCUGUUCACACGCAAGGAGGACCUGGCCGGGGGCUCGGUGAAGGAGUUCGUGCGUGACACGGACAACCGCUCACUGCGGAGGCUGGUGGCCGAGUGCGGAGGCCGCGUGUGCGCCUUCAACAACCGGGCGGUGGGCCCGGAGCAGGAAGCCCAGGUGCAGGAGCUGCUGGAGCUGGUGAAGUGCCUGGUGGACACUCAGUCAGGUGUCCCCUUCACCAACGACGUGUACCACCUGGCGCAGGCGCUGGCCGGCGCGGACCCGGAGGAGCGAAGGCGCAGGGUGACGGAGAAACUAGCCCUCCGCGCUCGUGCUUACAAGGGGCGGCAGCUGCUGGGCCAGCUAUGGGCUUGGGUGCAGCCCCGGAAGAUGGGUGUGGCCCUGGUGCUGGGCACUGUGGUCCUCCUGUUCUGGCUGCUGACCAGACAAAGGCCUGAGAUCCGGGAGAGUCAGCUCCGGGCCCAGAUCUUUCGACCUCCCGGCAGCUCCUCGUUAAUUGCAUCCACCUGCUUCCUGCGCGCCCAGGGCGCACGCACAUUCCCGCGGCCGCCGAGCACAGCGCCCGCAGUUCCUCUCCAGAAGAGAAUGGAAGGACAGCCAAAGAACAGAUACGGAACUAUGGCUGAAGGCAGAGUGAAAGAUAACCAGUCGGAAUCAUCCUCCUCACUGAGGCUCAUCCUGGUGGGUAGAUCUGGCUGCGGAAAAAGUGCCACUGGGAACAGCAUCCUGUGCCAGCCCAAGUUUGAGUCCAAGAUGUCCGCCCAGGCAGUGACCAGGACAUGCCAGGAGGGCAUGGUCACGUGGAAUGGGAGGAACAUCCUGGUGGUUGACACGCCCUCCAUCUUUGAGGAAAAGGCCCAGAACCAAGAGAUGUACAAGGACAUUGGGGACUGCUACCUGCUCUCGGCCCCAGGGCCCCACGUGCUGCUGCUGGUGACGCAGCUGGGCCGCUUCACUGCCCAGGACACAGUGGCAGUGAGGAGGGUGAAGGAGGUCUUCGGAGCAGGCGCCAUGCAACACAUGGUGGUCCUCUUCACCCACAAAGAGGACCUGGGGGGUGAGUCCUUGAAAGAGUAUGUAGCCAACACAGACAACCUCAGCCUGCGGAUCCUAGUGCACGAGUGCGGGGGCAGGUACUGUGGCUUCAACAACCGGGCCACUGUGGAGGAGCAGAGGGUUCAGCUGGCGGAGCUGAUGGAUGUGGUGGAGAACCUGGAGGAGGAGCUCCAGGGCGCCUACUAUAAGAACAACCUCUUCUUGCAUGCACAGGAGCACAAGAGAAACGGGGGUGGCACCUCUGGGAUAGAGUACAGACGCUACCUGGCCCAGGUAGAAGAGCAGGUUGAAAAGCAAAAGCGAGAGCUGAAGGAGGUGGAGAGUCACGGGCUGUCCAAGGCACUCCGCAGGGUGAAAAAGUGGAUCUGGUCUCACAUUGGGUUAUCUGCAUUUAUUGCGAUAUGCAUUUUGAUUUAUCUUGCCGUUUUAAUUAACUGGGGUAUUACUCGUUCGCACUAAACAUUUCCACUGACUCCUAUGAUUGGCUUUUUGUUUCCAGACUCACCAUCUCUAUGUUUGUAAGAUACUUGAUUUGCUUUUUACUUAGUGUCAGGUUCAGUUUCUCUUCCUUGUAUCAGACAUGCCCAAGUGCUUAUAGAGAAAUAAAACCCAAAGGAAAAAACA